AUGGGACCUGAGCAUCUAGGACGCCUAAGAUUGUACGGACGUGGGGUUACCAAGACUUCCUUAAAAAGAAAAGUGGGAGAUAUUGGAACCUCUUUAAGUUCUACCGAUGAGAUGUUGCAACAAAAAAUGGUGGAAAUGGAAGAAAGGAUGCAACAAAGAAUGCAGGAAAAGUUUAAUGCACAAAAAGAUGCCAUGGAACUACAAGUUGCAGUUAACAUCAUUUCACAACUUAAGCGUCUGAAUCCAGAUUUACAGGUUGAUCUCAACAUGCUAGCUUUCAAUGCUCGUUCACCUGGAGAUGCUUCCUCUGCACAACAAGAUGCUGUGCAACUAAUCAAUCGUCUAUCUACUGGGAGUAAUAAUCGAGGUGGAGCAACUGAAGAAAGGGAAGAUGGAGAAAGUGGAGCAACUGAAGAAAGGGAAGAUGGAGAUAACAGAAGAAAAACCGUUGCGAUAGCUGGAUCUAUAGCAACGGUGUGGUCAACCGUUGCCAAAACCGUUGCUUUAGAUCUAUUGGCACGCGAGCGGAUAUCACGAUCGCUGAACUGUUCCAAUAUAUCUAUGGCAACGGCCUAUUUUCCAGUAGUGAGAAUGGCCCAUAGCCAAGAAGCUGUCCGAUUACACAUAAAUCACCAUGAGGCUGGACUUCAUGAUGCUGUGACCGCUGCUGCUGAGCGCGAGUCUGUCUUCGAGGAAUAA